UAGCGUCGACUUAGACACAAACAUCAACUUCCUGACUAUGCGCUAGAUUUUAGACAGCAUUACAAACGUUUUCUUUAAUUCAAAUGAGAAAAUCAUAUUUUUAUUUUGCAAUGAUCCGUUGUCACCGUUCGCGCUCCUAAACCACUCGGCGUGGUAGAACUUCUCACAGCCAUGAUUUUGGCUAUUUUGAUAUCGUAUUUCGUAACUUCGGUUUCGGGAAACAAAACGGACGAGCGGAUACCUUUCUUUCACGGGCAUGUGUUCGAGAACUCGUCUCCCGGGUCCAGAGUGAACGGGCUCAGCAUUCCUAUGAAACGGAUAGACGCACAAAAACUGUGCCCGCAGACAGGUGCGCACCUAAAGCUCUCGGGGGAUGGCAGCGAGGACUUCCACGUCUUUGCUCACCACAAACGCGGCCACGUCUUGAUGAAAACAUCUCGGAUCCUGGACAGGGAAGAGCGCGCUGAAUACCACCUCGGCCUCGGACUGUGCUGUCAAAGUUGCGCCGCAGCUGACGGCGCGGUCACCCAAGUUGCGUCAGUGAAGGUGGACGUGCUGGACACCAACGACCACGAGCCAUUCUUUCACAACAGGGACGUUAAAAUAACUUUGGAUGAUGCCACUGCCCUCCGAUCUGUCGUGCACAAGGUGACUGCGAAGGACACGGACAGCGGCAAGAACGCCGACUUGAUCUACUUUGCGAUUCCCAAAAAUGGCAGUUUCUACGUGGUGCCAAAGACCGGAGAUGUGCUGCUGGUGGAUUCCAUACUAGGUUUGGCGACCCCGAUUAAAUUCAGCGUGUUCGCCAGGGACCACGGAUGGCCUUCUCGGACCAGUCAGAACAUGGACUUCGAGAUAAGACCUCGACAAUGGCCAGCGAGACCGCAGGUGCACGCCAGCGGACCGGGUGGCCGACUCCAUCGGAAGUCCAGAUCUGUACUGGAGUCGGACAACCCGGUCGUCAUCAACGUUUCUGAAGAUGCCAGUAUUGGUUCCGUUGUAAUGAACCUGAACCCAGUGCGGUUUCAGUCUGCGAGUUUUGAGCUGGUCUACCCUGGGCAAGACAGCACGCCAGUCACCGUCAGCCGGGACAGCGGGGAUAUAGUGAUUUCUAGGCGGCUUGACAGAGAGUCGGAACCCGUGGUGGAGAUUACCGUUAAAGUACAAGACAAACGAGGUCCAGACUGGUACCUCGUUCGGGUGGAGCUCAUCGUCACUGAUGUGAAUGACAACGCCCCCGAAUGGACCAUGGUGCCCUUCCCCUACCUGGCCGUGGUGUCCCCCGACGCCCCGCCCGGGUCACUGGUCUACAAGCUGCACGCCCGUGACGGGGACGAGGGCAACAAUGGGGAGGUGGAGUACUUCCUGUCUGACGGCGGAGACGGCCGCUUUGACGUGGACAGGAAGAGCGGUCACAUCAGAACGACAGGGCUGCCGCUGCAGAGGGAGAGGGAGUACCUGCUGAAUGUGGUGGCUGCUGAUAAGCUGGGCAGCCGUAGCCCUCCGGCGGUGGUGUCUGUGGUGGCAGGACCCCGAGCACCGCAGUUCAGCAACACCUCCUACUCCAUCGCCAUCCCUGAGAACACCCCCGAGGGCCAGCCGUUCCUGGUGGCCCCCGCUGUGUCCUUCCAGAAGCAGCCCCUGAGCUACAGCCUGCUCAUCAAUCCCAGCAGCCUCUUCUCCAUCCAGCCCGAGACGGGCGAGAUAAGCCUCACCCGCACCAUCGACUUCGAGAGCGACCAGCACCGGUUCCUCCUGCUGGUGCGGGCCAGCGAGAGCCAGGACAGCCUGAGCAGCGCCGCUGAGGUUCGAGUGACGAUUACUGAUGAGAACGACUGUGUCCCGGAGUUCCUGCAGUCCAUCUACAGCAAAGAUGGCGUCCCCGAGACGGUAACCACGGCAACCUCGUUGCUGCAAGUGUCGGCCAGCGACUGCGAUUCGGACCUGAAUGCCGAGGUCACCUACCACACCCUGAGCCCGGACUUCACCAUUUCACCCCAUGGCACCAUCUUCCCGGCACGCCCACUGGACUACGAGCGGCCCAACCACCUGUAUGAGUUUGUGGUGAUGGCCGUGGACAAGGGGGAGGGUCCCCGCACAGGCACGGCCACCGUCCGAGUUCGCAUGUCCAACGUCAACGACGAGGCCCCCGAGUUCUCCCAGCACGUCUAUAAGACCUUUGUCUCCGAGGAUGCUGGGCCCAACACGCUGGUUGCCACGGUGCUGGCCAAGGACCCCGAUGGUGAUGGAAUCACAUACAGGAUCACAGCAGGCAACGAGGAAGGGAACUUUGUCAUCGACAGCCAGAAAGGGUUGAUCCGGCUCCGAUCCAGCCCCCCCCCCAAACUGCAGGGCCUGGAAUACGUCCUCAACAUCACGGCAACCGACGACAACGCCUCGGGCGGACCACACGCUCUCUCCUCCACCGCUCAGGUUGUCGUGGGAGUGGACGAUGUCAACAACAACAAGCCAGUAUUUGAGAAGUGUCAGCAGUACAGAGAGAGGACCUCGGUGCUGGAGAACCAGCCUGCCGGGACCUUUGUUCUGCAGGUGCAUGCAGUGGAUGCUGACGAGGGAGCCAAUGGGAAAGUGACAUACGGCUUCAUGCACAAAGACAGCACUGUCCCUGCCUUCAGCAUCCACCCAGAGACAGGUGUGAUCGUCACAGCCAGGAAGUUCGACCGCGAGAAACAGCGGGAGUACGCAGUCACAGUCACGGCGACGGACCAGGCGGCCGAGCCGCUGAUCGGCAUUUGCCAGAUCAACAUCCUCAUCUUGGACGAGAACGACAACGACCCGAAGUUCGAGAACCUGCGCUAUGAAUACUUCUUACGGGAGGACACCAUGAUCGGGACCAGUUUCCUGCGCGUGGCGGCGCACGACGAUGACUACAGCACCAACGCAGCCAUCACCUACUCCAUGUCCGCGGAGCAGCCCGAGUACCUGCGAGUGAACCCCGUCACGGGCUGGGUGUACGUCAACCAGCCCAUCUCACAGAGGUCCUACAUCACCCGGGAGAUCGUGGCCACGGAUGGCGGAAACCGGAGCAGCUCGGUGGAGCUGGCCGUCACCAUCACCAACGUCAAGAACCAGCCGCCGCAGUGGGAGCGGGACAGCUACGACGUGGUCAUCCCCGAAAACACCAUGAGGGACACGCCCAUCGUGACCAUCAAGGCCAUAUCCCCGCUGGGUGACCCCAGGGUGACCUAUAACCUGGAGGACGGGAUGGUGCCGGAGACCAACAUGCCGGUGCGCUUCUACCUGACACCCAACCGCGAGGACGGCUCCGCCUCCAUCCUGGUGGCGGAGCCCCUGGACUACGAGACCACCCGAAACUUCGUGCUGAGGGUCCGCGCCCAGAACGUGGCCGCCGUGCCCCUCGCCGCCUUCACCACCGUCUAUGUCAACGUCACAGACGUCAAUGACAACGUGCCGUUCUUCACCUCCUCCAUCUACGAGGCCACCGUGACGGAAGGGGCAGAGGCAGGGACCUUCGUCCUCCAGGUGUCUGCCAACGACCUGGACCUGGGUCUCAACGGGAAGAUAACCUACUCGCUGCUCAACGACCGCAGUGGAGACCACCAGUACUUCCGCAUCGACCCGGAGCUGGGCACCAUCUACACCGAGGCGGUGUUUGACCGGGAGACGAAGGGCUCGUACCUGCUGGAGGUGAAGUCUAUGGACGGGUGGGAAUCGGCCCGGCCUGGCAAAUACGGGCAGCCCAACUCUGACACGGCGUACGUGCGUAUUUUCAUCAGCGAUGUGAACGAUAACAAGCCCGUCUUCGCCGACAGCGUCUAUGAAGUCAACGUCGACGAGGACGCGGAUGUCGGCUUUGCCGUUGUCACUGUCAGCGCUAAUGACGAGGAUGAAGGUGCCAAUGCCAAGCUGCGGUACCAGAUCACGUCCGGGAACACAGGGGGCGCGUUUGACGUGGAGCCUGAGGUGGGCACCAUCUUCCUGGCCCAGCCCCUGGACCACGAGCUGGUGAGGCGCUACAAACUCCAUGUCCUGGCGUCCGACGGCAAGUGGGAGGACUACGCGGCGGUUGUGGUCAACGUGGUCAACAAGAACGAUGAGGCGCCCGUCUUCUCCAUGAACGAGUACUAUGGCAGCGUGACCGAGGAGCUGGAUGGCUCACCUGUCUUUGUCCUACAGGUAACUGCAACUGACCCAGAUAAAGACGCUGACCAGGAGGCCCUGAGGUAUUCUCUCCAUGGUCAAGGGGCAGAGAGCGAAUUCAUCAUUGAUGAGGUGACGGGGAAGAUCUACGCGCAGAAGACGCUGAACCGUGAGGACCGUGCGGUCUGGAGGUUCGUGGUGCUGGCCACUGACGAGGGCGGCGAGGGUCUGACGGGUUUCACCGAUGUCAUCAUCAACGUCUGGGACAUCAACGACAAUGCGCCUGUCUUCACCUGCGCGCCAGACAGCUGCGAGGGGCACGUCCCCGAGAACUCCCCGCCCGACACCUCCGUCAUGGAGAUGACGGCCACCGACCUGGACGACCCCACGGUUGGCCAGAACGCGGUGCUCACCUACCGGAUCAUGGGUAACGCCCGUGGCGGGGGCAGCGGCGGGGUUGACCUGUUCAGCAUCAAUGCCAGCACAGGCACCAUCUCGGUGGCGCAGCGAGGCCUGGACCGGGAGAGGGCGGACAGCUACCUGCUGGUGGUGGAGGCCCGGGAUGGUGGGGGCAUGGCGGGCACCGGAACCGCCACCAUCCGGGUGACAGACGUUAACGACCAUGCCCCCAGCUUCACCGUGGCAUCCUGUGGCGCCCGGGUCUCAGAGAGCGCUGAGCCGAACUCGGCCGUGCUGGAGCUGUCGGCCGUGGACGCGGACGUCGGGGAGAACGCCCAGCUCACCUUCAGCAUCGUGGGCGGCGACCCCGAGCAGAAGUUCUAUGUGGUGAGCCAUCGGCAGGAGCAGCGCGGCACGCUUCAGCUGAAGAAGAAGCUGGACUACGAGAGGGCCAGCGAGCAGUGGUUCAACCUGACGGUCAAGGUGGAGGACCUGGACUUCUCCAGCCUGAUCCACUGCGUCAUCGAGGUGGAGGACCACAACGACCACGCCCCGGUCUUCGUGCCGCACUUUUACCCGCUCUCGCCUCUGCCCGAGGAUGUUCCCGUGGGCACCAGCAUCGCCAGGGUGGCGGCCAGCGACGCCGACUCCGGGCACAACCGGGAGAUCGUCUACAGCAUCCUGCCGGAGUCCGACCCGCACGGCCAGUUCUCCGUGGACCAGACAGGCCUGGUCACAGUGGUGAGGCCGCUGGACCGCGAAACCGUGGCGCUGCAUAACCUGGUCAUCUUGGCGACUGAUCAGGGGAGCCCGCCGCAGACCGGGAGCGCCACCGUCCAGCUGACCCUGCUUGACAUCAAUGACAACGGGCCCGAGCUGGAGGUGGCCUACAUGCCUGUAGUGUGGGAGAAUGUUCCGGGCCCUCAGGUGGUGCGGCUGAAUCAAACCUCCACGCUCCUGCACGCAGUGGACCGGGACUCCCCAGAGAACGGGGCCCCCUUCUCCUUCUCUCUCCCGUCCGAUUACCGCCACGGCCGCGACUUCCUCCUGCGGGACAACGGCAACAACACUGCCACCGUGACCGCGCUGCGCUCCUUCGACCGCGAGAGGCAGAAGGCCUUCCGGCUGCCCAUCAUCAUGACGGACAGUGGCAAGCCGCCCAGGAGCGUCACCAACACGCUCACCAUCACCAUCGGCGACGAGAACGACCACGCCCACCUGCCCGGGAACAAGGACAUCUACAUCCACAGCCACAGAGGAAUGAUACCGACCACAGUCCUGGGUAAAGUGUAUGCCCCGGACCCGGACGACUGGGACAACAAGACGUAUGCCUUUGAGGGACACGUGCCCAACUACUUCGUACUAAAUAAACGGACUGGCUUUCUCAUCAUCAAGGAGAAUGCUCCGCCCGGCAGCUAUGCCUUCAGAGUGCGCGUGUCAGACGGGGUGUGGCCCGACGUCGUGUCCAAGGUGACCGUUCAUGUCAAGGAGCUGCAGGAUGAGGCCAUAUACAACUCGGGGUCCCUCCGUCUGGCAGACAUUACGGCGGCUGAGUUUCUUGACCGCAGGGGUGCGGGGCGGAGCCGAUACGAACUGUUCCGGGACUUCCUGUCCGAGAUGCUGGCGGUCAGUCCUGAUGACGUCAACAUCUUUAGCCUGGUGGAUGUGCGGGAGAAGACAUUGGACGUGCGUGUCUCUGUAGGUGGCGCCCCCUACUUGAGACCAGAGAAACUGCAUGGAUACCUCGCUGCCCACAAACAGAAGCUGGAGUCCUUUCUCCAGGUGAACAUCAGCCAGGUGCACGUGGAUGAGUGCACAGAGACAGCCUGUGGGGGCAGUGGCGGCUGCUCCAACCGCCUAUCCAUCAGUGCCACGCCCACUGUGGUGGAUUCUGGGAGCACGUCCCUGGUGUCUGUGACGGUGACCACCAGCGCUGUAUGCGGCUGCCCCGGGCGGGACCACCUGCACCAGGCCUGCGCCUCCUACCCACGAAAUCCCUGUUACAACGGUGGGAUCUGCAUCGACAGCCAGAGCGGAUACAGAUGCCAGUGCCCUCCUCAGUUCGAGGGCCCGGAAUGCCAGCAGACCAAGCACAGUUUCCACGGUGACGGCUACGCUUGGUUUCCCCCCAUGAGGUCGUGCUUCGAGAGCCGGCUCUCGCUGGAGUUCAUCACCGAGGUGGCGGACGGGCUGCUGCUCUACAGCGGCCCUCUGGCGCAACUGCAGCCCUGGGAUCCCGAGGACUUCAUGGCCAUAGAGUUGAUAGAUGGCACUCCCACCCUGAAGAUUAACCAUGGAUCCGGCACGCUGGUGUUGCAGUUACCAAGCAACGUGCGAGUGGCAGACAGACGGUGGCACAGACUGGAUGUGAGAAGUGACAGUAAGGAAGUACGCUUCACUCUGGACCGCUGUACCGCCGCGACCGUCCUGGAGUCGGAGGGGGUGGGCAGCUGGCUGACGACCGAAGACCACUCCUCCUGUGAGGUCACGGGGGUCACGCCUAACAUGGACAGGCACCUGAACGUGACACAGGUGUUGCAGCUGGGCGGGGUCAAUGAGAACCUGCCCUACAUCUACCCCCAGCUUCAGCACAAGCACUUCACCGGGUGCAUCCGCAACCUCAUCGUGGACAGCCAGUUCUAUGAUCUCGGCUCUCCUGCGGACUCGGUGAACAGCUCUCCGGGGUGUGUGAUGACGGAUGGGAACUGUGUCAGCAUGGGGUACCCUUCCUGUGGGCCCCGAGGGUGGUGCCAUGGCGAGUGGGGUUCCUUCAGCUGCCAGUGUAUACCCGGGUACAGCGGGCACCAAUGUGAGCAAGAGGUUCCGGAAUACUCCUUCGAUGGGCGGAGCCACGUCCACUACCAGCUGGCGUUUCCGCUGCCGGCCCGUCGGACCCAGGUCCAGGUCCUGGUGCGGACCAGGAAGCCCAGCAGCACCAUCGUCAGCCUGCUGUCCAAGGAACAGAACGAGUACCUGCGUCUGGAGAUCUCCCAGGGCCUGCUGGCCGUCUUCUAUAACCUGGGCGACGGGGACUUCAGCCUGACCCUGCCGACCCACCGCCUCGACAACGGGGAGUGGCACGAGGUGCAGCUGGAUCGCCACGACAACGAGGUGACCCUGCGGGUGAACGGGGGUGGCGGGCAGCGGGAGGCCACCGCGGCCCCCGGGCGGAGCCGGGAGAUCGUCAUCGACCCCUCGGUGGUGAUGCUGGGAAACUCUGUCCCCUCCAGCCACAACAAGAGCUUCCAAGGCUGCAUGCAGGACCUGAGGCUGAAUGGCCGGCACAUGCCCCUGGACAGCCACGCCCGGGAGGGCGUGUCCCUGGUCAGCUCGCAGGGCGUGUCCGUGGGCUGCUCCUCGGACUCCUGCCGCAGGAACCAGUGCAACCCGCCCUUCACCUGCGUGGACCUGUGGAGGAUUCACGAGUGCAGGUGUCCCCCGGGCCACAUGGUGCAGGAGAACGCCACGGGCAGGUACUGCGUGUACACCCUGUGUGCCAGCCGGCCGUGCCACCGCGGCACCUGCGUGGCGCAGUCGCCCUCCAACUUCACCUGCACCUGCCCACAGGGCUACCGCGGCCGGCGCUGUGAGGUCACCCUGGCCAUCUACCGCGACGAGGUCGGCCUCAGCUUCAGCUCCCUCUUCGCCAUCUGCAUAUGCUUCCUGGCGCUCCUAGUGCUGCUGUUAGGCAUCUUCCUGUGGACCCGCUGGAGGAGCUACAAGGGGCUGAAGGAGGGCGUGUACCACGUGUCGGCCCACCACGAGGGCUGGGAGGAUAUCCGCGAGAACGUGCUCAACUACGACGAGGAAGGCGGUGGCGAGGAAGACCAGAAUGCCUAUGACAUGGCAGAGCUGCAGAAAUCCCUGCAGCCCAGCCCCGCCCAGUCUGUUCAGUACAGCCGGUCCCGGGCGGCCCAGCGCCACCCCCCCAUGCUUCAGGACACCGCCAAAUCCAGCACCUCCACCACCACCACCGCCUCCACCUGCUCCUCCACCCUGCGCCGGGAUGUCCCGCCCACCAGGAACCCUGCCCAGGGCCAGAGCCACCCCCUGGCCCUGUCCCGGAAGAGCCUGUCCUUCUCCAGCCAGGACCUGGCCCGUUACCUGUGCGAGAUCAUCCGGGACGCGGACCAACACCUGGACACGGCGCCGUUCGACUCCCUGCAGGUGUUUUCCACUGAGGGCGGGGGCUCGCUGGCCGGCUCGCUCAGCUCCUUCAGCUCCUCCGGCCUGGAAGAGGACAAGGCACAGGAGUCCCUGCAGGAGUGGGGCCCACGGUUCGAGAAACUCAAAGCGCUGUACGAGAGAGCUGAGGCCAGCGACCUCUGAUGGAGAUCUGCAGCAACGAGCAGAGAAGACCAAACUGAAGUGAACCACAGGAAACUACAGGAAACUACAGGAAGCUACAGAACAUUGAGGGAGUUUACGGGAAAUUACAGGAAACUUCUGAAAAGGGAACUUAAGGAAUUCAAGGGAAGGAUUUGCAAAGUAAAUGAAAAUCUAACUGCUCUCGUCUGUUUUGAGACUGGCAGGACACACAGAAAUUGUGUGUGUUCAGUUGUCUUCAUGCGGUUUUCUCUUGUCUGGAACGUAUUGUCUACGACCCACUUUUCCCAUGUGUGAUGAGAGGACUCAUUAAGCAAAACGAAAUCGGCUGCAAUGGCUCUUAAAAAACUGACACUGCAGGUUUGCGGUGUCUCGCGGACGACAAUGAUUUCCAUGGAAAGUGUUUUAUCUGUAAAUCAAACGUGAGAGUUCGCUGUUUAUUUAAUCCGUUCCAGUUUAUGCAAUAGACGCCAACUGUUCCAAAUAUGAAUAAAUCUGAGACAUAACAUUUAGUUGAGGUUUUUUUUUUUUUUUCCUAAAUUUACCUGAAAGUUUGUUCAGUUGAGAUGAGCGGGAACCAAAAUCCACCUCUUAAAAUAGAGCUGGGGGAAAAACUGACAGCCGAGAGGAACGGAACAGUAAGCGUAAGAAUGCCGUUCGAAACCACAGGGCUCUGUGCUUGAAUGCUCCAUCCCACAGUCUCAAAAUACCAGAGUGUGAAAGGCCAAAGUGAAGCUGCGCGGGGGGGGGAGAUAAAACAGCGUCCCUCUAACGAUCCGAGAAUUAGCGGGCUCGAUCCCUCCUGACGGCUGCUAAUUGCUGAUCGGGAUGUGCGGGGCACUGCUUUUGGAGGCUAACGAAAGAUCAAUCCAAAUUAACCUCAAUCAAGAGCACCGCGGAAGCACCAUGAGAUGAGGCCUUGCAAUUGAACUGAGGAAAACGUGAGGAGAGAAGAGGGGAGGAGAGGUCUGAACUGGUGCAAGGAUUACUGUUUGGACAGGAUUUUAGCGAGGGGUACUCCCGCCGAGUGUACUCCAAAUUUAUAGCUUACAUAAGAAAAUGCAUAGAUGCAAAAAAAUGUUAAUAUUAUGACCUUCUACUAUAGAACAUCUGUUUGGCUCUUUGAAUGGAUUUGCUCACCACUGCUGUGAAAAGGAUGGAGAGGGAGGUUGUGUUUCUUUCAAUAAACCCUGGAGAGUUUGCCGAUUAAAACGCUUGAAUAUGAAUGAAUACACCAUGAGAUUACAUGGGGCAAAAGGAGAUGGACAGAUUGAAUAAAAAUGCAUGUGGUCUCUCUGCGACGCUCAGUAUUUCAUACCUCAUAGAAAGCCAACACAUUGCACAGCACGGAUUUUCAGAAUGCAUUGACAAAAAAACCCUUUUCGUGAUUUUUUUUAUUUUGUUUUUUUUUUCUCUUUUCUUUUUACAGGAAUAUGUGUUGAGCGUGACAGCACUGCUGGAAAUGGAUGGAAGUAUGUUAAAAGCCGUCAGUGUGAUAAUCCUAAUGUGAGUUGAUAGCUGGCUGUCAUGCCAUGAACCAAAGGGACCAGGCAUCUUGUGGCAGCUCAAAGUAGACGAUUUGAAUGCGGAUUUCAAAUGUGCCAAUUUUAAAAGGUAGCAAUGCGAGAUGAAAUGAGAUUCCAGGGUGCAAAUACUGAAUGCUUCUGUGACUGGAUGCUUUCACAAAAACCAA